AUGAAUUCAGGCAGUGUGGGAUUGUCCCUGCUGGUCUGGGCUCUGUGUGGCAUCCUCUCCACUUUCGUCCAAUCAAAAUGUCACUUCAGACCUGCAGUGGCCACAUACGUGUCUCUGGCUUUUGGUCAGUAUGUGGUGGAGCCAUUAUUCAUGCCGUGUGCUGCUCCAACAGUUCUGGUCAAACUCGUCAGCAUGCUGGGAGUCAUAUUUGUGGUGGCAGUGAACUGCUGGAGUGUGUCGAUGGCAGCACGUUUACAGGUCUUGCUGACCUUCAUCAAGAUGUUUGCUCUGAUUCUGAUCAUCAUCCCAGGCAUCAUGGCUCUGGUCAAUGGGAAAACCGAAAAUUUCCAGAAUGACUUUGAUACAGAUUCUUUAUCUCUGACCAAACUGCCUCUGGCCUUUUAUUCAGGUCUUUAUGCAUAUGGUGGAUGGUUUUAUUUGAAUUUCAUAACUGAAGAGGUUAUUAAUCCAAACAGAACCAUCCCAUUGGCCAUCAUUUUCUCUAUGGUGACUGUUACCAUGUUUUACAUGCUGGUCAAUGUGGCUUACUAUACCAUGAUGACCGCAAAUGAGUUACUGAUGUCCGAUGCCGUGGCAGUGACAUUUGCAAGUCGGGCUCUGCAGGGUGUAGCUCCAGCAAUACCAGUAUUAGUCGCUCUUUCCUGCCUUGGAUCACUUAAUGGAGGAUUUUUUUUAGUAUUUUAUGACUCUUUCUGCAGGAUGUUGUUUGUGGGAGCCAGAGAGGGUCACUUACCGGCUAUCUUCUCCAUGAUCCAUAUCCGCAGACAGACACCACUGCCAGCUGUGCUAUGUUUGUAUCCUCUGGUGAUCAUCAUAAUGGUGAGAGGAGAGAUCUUUCAACUGAUCAACUUUGCAUCCUUCUCCCGUUGGCUCUUCAUUGCCUUGGCCACCUUAGGAAUGAUCAUCCACCGCUACAGAUUUCCAGAUCAUCCCAGACCAUUCAAGGUCCCUCUAGCAGUUGCGGUGAUCUUUACCACAGUGUGUUUCUUCAUCGUGGGCCUGUCCUUGUAUUCGGACCCCUGGAAUACAGGCGGCAGCUGUGCCCUCACAUUAUCAGGAGUACCUGUGUAUUACCUGACAAUCAAAAAGUCAUGCAUACCCAAACGCUGGAAAAAAACCUUCAAUUAUUUAAGCCUUCAUCUGCAGAUAUUCCUGGAAGUGGCUCAGCAGGAAGUUCAGACAUACUGAUGGAGCUUCACCAAACUACAGACCUGAGUGUUGCAAAGGGCAUCAAAAUUAAUUUGAGUGGUGUUUGCUAUUACUAUUAGACCUAACCAACAUAGCAUCAGCAUCGCAAAAUCCUUGCACCCUAUCCAUU